UAACCUUUUUCUUUUCCUGAAAAACCCCCAGCCGUCACUUCCGUCUCACGAUCUCUCUCCCUGAUCACUCUCAGGUCUCAGCAUCUCUCUCUCUCUCGAUCCCAUUUCCCUCUCUCUCUUUCGCUCGACUCUCUCACUCCGGCUGCCGCUCCCCCUGCACCGCCGUAUCCAUUUAUAUCACGAGAGAACUGCUCUCUCUCUCUCUCUACCUCUCUCGAAUUGUGUCUACAGCUCCGCCCUGCGCCGGUCGUACCUCAGGUCGCCGUCUCACCUUCGGUCGCGGCACGAAGCAUCAUACCUCCACGAUUCCAUCUGCGGCUCUCACAUCCCGAUCAGGCGACGGCAAGGCUGCUCCGACGCUCACAUACUCGUCCCGGCGAGUGAACCUGUGAUUUUUGGGUCUCCAAAGACUUUAGUCUCGUGACCCACUAUCCAAAAGAUCUUGUAUUCGUUUACGAUCCAGGGAGCUCGGAACGGUGAAAUCAAGUCCUUUUGUAGUCAAUCAAGCAAGGAUUCAGAUUGUGUUGGGUAAAGACACAAAAGAAUGUAUAGGGCAUAUGACUAAGUUGUUUGUUUACGGUGCCACAUGACUAGCAAUAUCGUAAUGACCCCAGAUAGAGAACUUAGAAAGUCGGAUCGGUACAUAGAUAAUCGUCCUUUUGGGAUUCAAGCACAAGAGGGCACCCAUGGCAGGCCUAGAUUUCAGAAUACCAUUUUUAGUCAUAACUUUCAAGAAUUUGAUUGCCUUCUCCCUAAUCCAUCACCGAGCAACAUAGCCUCAAGUUCCAGCAUUAGAACCUCAUCUUCUAAUGAUGCAAGUCAUGAGGAAGAUUAUCUGGAAGAUUGCGAUUUUUCGGAUGCUGUUUUGACAUUCAUAAAUCAAAUUCUCAUGGAAGAAGAUAUGGAGGACAAGACUUGCAUGCUUCAAGAUUCUUUGGAUCUUCAAGCUGCUGAGAAAUCAUUCUAUGAGGUCCUCGGAAAAAAGUAUCCUCCUUCCCCUGAGGUAAAUAGAUCUCUGGCCAAUCAAUACACCGAUAGCUUGAACGAAGAACUUUGUGGAGAUAGUAGUAAUUACCUGAGUAAUUACAGUAGUACUUCUUAUCGUGGCGAUGAUGAUCCUCAAACUCUGAGUGAAGAUGUAUUUCAAAUCAGAAGCGCUUUAGGUGAUACCAUAUCUCCAUCAUCUAAUAGUUCCUCAAAUAGUGUAAUUAGUGGGGGUGAUGGGUGGGUGGACUUCUCUAAUAAUACAAUUCAAGUUCCUGAGCCUAAUAACAGAAGCCAAUCGAUUUGGCAGUUUCAAAAAGGCUUUGAAGAGGCAAGCAAAUUUUUACCUGGUGGAAACAAAUUGUGUCUUGAUUUUGAGGUAAAUGGGUCAGCAACUCAGGGUCCCGAUGAGGGUACGAGCCAAAUAUAUUUGAAGGCAGCUAGAAAGGAUCAGAGGAAUGUUUUCUCACCUGAAUCACGUGGUAGAAAGAAUCCUCAUGAUGAGAAUGGAGAUUUGGAAGAAGAGAGAAGCAGCAAGCAAGCAGCCGUAUUUGCAGAGUCGCCUCUGCGAUCUAAGAUGUUUGAUAUUGUGUUGCUUUGUAGUGCUGGAGAGGGACAUGAACGGUUAGUUUCAUUUCGACAGGAAUUACAUGAUGCUAAAAUCAAAAGCAUGCUGCAGAGUGGGCAGCUAAAAGUGUCUAAUGGUGGUAGGGGUCGUCGGAAGAAGCAGAGUGCGAAAAAAGAGGUUGUGGAUUUGAGAACUCUUCUAAUUAGCUGUGCUCAAGCUGUUGCAGCUGAUGACCAUAGGAAUGCCAGUGAACUUCUAAAGCAGGUCAGACAACAUGCUUCUCCUUUUGGUGAUGGAAGUCAGAGGUUAGCUAGUUGUUUUGCUGAUGGUCUGGAGGCACGGUUGGCAGGUACUGGUAGCCAGAUUUACAAAGGUCUAAUUAAUAAAAGGACAUCUGCUGCUGAUGUACUGAAAGCUUACCACUUGUACCUUGCUGCAUGCCCAUUUAGAAAGAUCUCUAAUUUUACUUCAAACAGGACUAUAAUGAUUGCUGCAGAAAGCGCAACUAGGCUUCAUGUCAUAGAUUUUGGUAUCCUUUACGGUUUCCAGUGGCCUACUUUAAUCCAGAGAUUGUCAUGGAGAAAAGGUGGACCUCCGAAGCUUCGAAUUACUGGAAUAGAAUUUCCCCAGCCUGGGUUUCGUCCUGCAGAGAGAGUUGAGGAGACAGGUCGUCGUUUGGCGGCUUAUGCAGAGACUUUCAAUGUGCCAUUCGAGUAUAAUGCUAUAGCAAAAAAAUGGGAAUCUGUUACUGUUGAAGAUCUCAAUAUUGAUCAAGACGAGUUCCUAGUUGUUAACUGUUUGUAUCGAGCAAAAAAUUUACUUGAUGAGAGCGUUUCUACAGAGAGUGCUAGAAAUACUGUUCUUAAAUUGGUUCACAAAAUUAGUCCUAACUUAUUCAUCAGUGGCAUUGUCAAUGGGGCAUAUAAUGCCCCUUUCUUUGUUACUCGAUUCCGAGAGGCUUUGUUUCACUUUUCUGCUAUUUUUGAUAUGCUUGAAACCGUUGUACCUCGCGAGGAUUACGAGAGAAUGCUGUUGGAGAGAGAGAUUUUUGGCAGGGAAGCUUUAAAUGUUAUAGCAUGUGAGGGAUGGGAGAGAGUGGAAAGACCGGAAACAUACAAGCAGUGGCAAUUUCGGAUCAUGAGGGCUGGAUUUGUGCAACUGCCUUUUGCUCCUGAGAUUUUUGAGAGAGCAGUUGAAAAGGUACGAUCAAGUUACCACAGAGAUUUUUUGAUUGAUGAAGAUAGCAGAUGGUUACUUCAGGGUUGGAAGGGUCGAAUUAUAUAUGCCAUCUCUACAUGGAAACCUUCUGUCGAGUAAACAUGAGAUGGGAUUUGUAUUUUGUGCUGAUCACAUAUGCAAGUGUCUUUUGGCCCUUAGCUAUUCAAACCGAAAGAGAUUGCACGAGGACCAAGAGUUUUAACUAUGGAGAUAGCGUUUGAAAUUUGAAACUCAUUGUUGAGGAAAGCUCCAAUGCUCCAUGUAAUUUUUUAGACGGAAGACGUCUUCCCAUUCCAAGUAUAUAAAUCUUAUUUAGCAACUGUCUUGUGAGGUUCAGUUAGAGAAUCAACAAGAGCUAUCAUUGCCAUUCGUUCUACCUGUACGGGUAGGAAUACAUAACUGAAUUUUUUUGCCUUCCUCCGUUUUCACUUGAGAGUGUUCUUCACAAGAAGUUUUGAACCUCUCUACUUUUUGUGUCAGAAUUUUGUAGUCACAAUGUUGUACUUGAAUCUCAAUAUAGAUCAAUUUUCUGAUAGAAGUACAGAAACCAUUCUCAAACCCUGUCUGUUGUUUCUUACUCAUUUUCAUAUGAGACUAAAAGAAAAAAGUGGAAUUCUAGAAUGAGAUUUCAACUUGAA